AUGCGACACUUUGACAUGCCCAAAAGGGCAACCAACCUCGAAGAGGUCUCGCCACUGCAACUCGAUCUGCGGUCUGACAACGACAUAAUCACCGAGCUCAGCACCUUCCGGCCCAUCACGUCAGAGAAAAACGUGUGGGCCUUCUGGGACAAGGGCCUGCAGGCCAUGUACCCCAGCUACCGAUGCACCGUCCUCAACUGGGUGCGGAAGCUGGGCCCCAGCUGGACAGUGCGUGUCGUUGACCUCGUCGACGGGUCGCCUAACAAUGUCUACAACUUUGUCGACGGGGAGUGGUUUCCAGACUGCCUCAAUGACAACACCAUGGACGGGAGCCACAAGGCACAGCACACUUCAGACCUCAUUCGCCUCCCCCUGCUCUUCGAGCACGGCGGUGUCUGGAUGGACGUCGGCAACAUGCUGCACACUCAUCUCGAUGACCUCUUCUGGAAUGCCCUUUCGGAAGGCCCGUACGAGCUCGGCUUGUGGAUCAUCACUGGCCAGAUCAGAAAGAAAUGGGGCAGUUUCGGGAACUUCAUGCUAGCUGCGAGGAAGGGCUCUGCCUUCGUCAGGAACUGGCACAAUGGAUACAAGGAAUUGUGGCAUGGUCGCACCAACGAACACGGCUUUCAUAAGCACCCCUUGGUACAGGAGAUCGGAAUCGCCGACGGAAUGGCGGACUGGAACUUUGAGGAAAAGAUGCUUGACAUGAGCGACUACGUGGCCCAGAUGCUCAUUGGUGACCGCACGAGGAACCUCCUCGAUGUCGAGACUGGGUGGAACGGACGCGAGGUCUACGAGAAGAGGGCAUUCAUGGUCGAAGGUAUCCAGAAUGGUGUCCUCGGCGCGAUCAAGACGGACUACGACGGCGCGAAGCAGGUCGAGCUCUUCACGACACGUCUUGAUGAGCCCGAUCUGGAGAGGCGGGCCGCUGCUGAACGGUUUGUGGUCGACAUGCUGGAGAACAGCCACAUGUACAAGGUCUACCACAACUCGGCGGGUGGACUGCCUGCGCUGGGGGACUUGAUCAAGAAGGAUGGUCUCAGAGACGCAGAUCACAGGCCCGGGACGUAUGGCGAGAUGUACAGGUACGGAACGGUGCACUGGCGGUCGAAGAGGCGGGUCGAACAGCUUUUUCCGCCACCGAGCGAGGAUGAGUUAAUCAGGGCCACACCGACGACACCGGCGAUUCAGCAUUUGAACUAG